GAUCACUUUAGGAAAGUCAUGGAUCACUGACACCGGUUGUCGGAUCAAGCUGGCUUGGGACAUUACCGAAUGGCGGCCCGGUGGCGUAACCUUUCACGGCAGGCCGGGCAAUUGAGGAAAUGUGACCCAGCAAGCUGGUUCUUGUGCCACCAGGCACCCGGUGGUCCGUGCCCCCCUCGUACUCCACCCACCCUGUCCCUCUGUCGUCAGAGCUCAGGGUAUCCUGCGCUUGUGACACAGGGCUGCAAUCUCUUUCCACAGGCCCGUCCCUCUCCAUGGUCCAAUGCACACUCCUACAGCGCAUCGUCGCAGCACAUUCCCGCAUCCUGUCCCGUAGGAUGUGAUUUUAUUCGUUCGGACAACAUACCGGCUUCUUUUACUUGCCUGCAGAAACACCAGCCUCCUUGCAACCACCAGGUUUCCACAUGGCCCCCUCAAAAGCCGCUCGGAGCGGUCAGGACGAUCCGAAGGCGGACAACGCUUCCGCCAAAGAGAAGAAUGGAAGCAGUACCGGGGCCCAGGCUGGCACCAAGAUGCGGCGGGUUGCGAGCAAUGCGGGCUCCAACUUGCGUGAGGUGACAAACGCGAGCGCUGUGAACGCAACAGCAACUGCCGACUCGACAGCCAACGCACCAGAGGCCAACACACCGGGAGUAAGCAUCCCUCAGUUCUUUCCAUCGCCUAUUCGCUCCUGCGUGAUCCAUUUACUGACAUUAUCCCCGUUCAAACAGCUGCAAUGGCCCGCCUUUGACAGGGACGUUCUGCACGCCUACCGCCGAGCCUACCGGCUCAAGACGCCGACCGCCUUCGUCAGCGACCACCACGAAUGGGUCCUCACCCAGCCGGGAAGCAUUGGCCUCUACUCGCCGACAAUCGCACGGCGCAAAGAGUUUCGCAGGCAAACCAAGGACCAAUUGACCAAUGUGGUGCGGAAGCACUUCAAUGGUCUGGGCGUGCAAGAGAACGACAUCAUUGUCGACUUCCUCCACAAGGUUCGGAGCCAGAAUAUCUCGAAGGCGAGGCUACGACGGAGUACAGAUGUACAUCAAGAACCCGAGCGAUAAUGCAGCACACGAGACGACGACACAGGGUCCGGGAAGUUCAAAUCUUUCUUGCAUCUCGAGCGCUGAUAAUGCGGCAACAAUAGCUGGCAGCGAGGUACUCCGUAUAUUGUAUGGGAUGGAUACCCUGCACUUUUUUGC